AUGCAGAUGCUAUAUGAUUUAGACAUUUAUAUGAGAAUUGCACUAGUAGAAGUUAAGUGCAGGCUGUACCAUAGGCUAGUUGAAGAAGGAAAGCAAUAUCCAGUAUUAUGUCGAAGAUUAGCAAGCUUGAAUGAAGAGUUUAUAUCUCAUAAAUCCUCAUCAGCUGGGUUUGAUUUCACUUCCGGUAAGAGAAUAGAGCAGAAGCUGCUUGAUUACAAUCAAGAUGCUGAAAGAUUUGGAGGUUAUGCAUACGAGGAAUUAUCAGAAGUGUCACCUGAUCACCGGCAUCUUGCAUACACUAUGUAUGAUAAGGACAAUGAUUGCUUUAAAUUGUUUGUAAGAAACUUGGAUUUUGGUUUGCUGUGUAGCAAGCCUCAAGCUGACCGGGUUUCUAACAUAGCUUGGGCAAAAGAUGGACAAGCAUUGCUUUAUGUAGUUACAGAUGACAAUAAGAGGCCUUUUAGGUUAUAUUGUAGCAUGCUUGGAUCAAAUGGAGAAGAUGUGCUGCUUUUAGAGGAACCUCGAGAAAAUAUUUAUUUGAAUAUAAGACACACUAAAGAUUUUAGGUUUUUGACUGUGAAUACUGAAGCAGAAUAG